UCUGAUAGCAGAAAUGUCUUGGAAAAAUACAGAUCCUUUGGAAUUAUGGAGAACAUCAACAACACUGCCAAUUAAAAGGAAUGAUGAAGUGGAAGAAAGUUAUCAACAACCUCCACCUCCUGUUAGAAGUAGAUUUUGGAUGUCUGCCAACCAAAUUGACUCAAGACAAAGAACCGAUUAUUUUUGGAAAUUAAUUUUGGCUUGGCCAGACGAUUGGGAACGAAGAGCUGUUAUUUGGACAAAAUCUGUGAUUUGUAUUACAAAUGCUUUGUCUGCUUUUUACAUUAGUUAA